CUCCUUCCUGUAGCCCGGUUUGAGGAAGUGCAUUUCGCUGACAGGGCUGGGUUCACCAAGGGAGAGGCGAACAAAACAUCUUCCAAGGGGGGGACUGAAAAAACAACAACAAGACAACAAGAGACGAGAGGAGCGCUUUGAUAAGCCCUACUGAAGCUAAGGUGUACAGUCAUCGGUGAAAUCGUGCUCCCCUGCCCCGCUGAGACCGCCGCAGACAUGAAUGACCAGCAGCUGGACUGUGCCCUGGACCUGAUGAGGCGUCUGCCUCCUCAGCAGAUCGAGAAGAACCUCAGUGACCUCAUUGACCUGGUGCCCAGUCUGUGUGAGGACCUCCUCUCUUCUGUGGACCAGCCCCUGAAGAUUGCCCGAGACAAGGUGGUGGGGAAAGACUAUCUGCUCUGUGAUUACAACCGAGACGGCGACUCCUACAGAUCCCCGUGGAGUAAUAAGUAUGAGCCUCCCAUCGAAGACGGUGCCAUGCCUUCGGCUCGCCUGAGGAAACUUGAGGUCGAAGCCAAUAAUGCCUUUGACCAGUACAGAGACCUGUACUUUGAGGGUGGUGUGUCCUCUGUGUACCUCUGGGACUUGGAUCAUGGCUUCGCUGGAGUUAUUCUCAUCAAGAAGGCCGGUGAUGGAUCCAAGAAGAUCAAAGGGUGCUGGGACUCCAUCCACGUGGUGGAGGUGCAGGAGAAAUCCAGUGGACGUACUGCUCACUACAAACUCACCUCCACCGUCAUGCUGUGGCUCCAGACAACCAAGACCGGCUCCGGUACCAUGAACCUGGGAGGCAGCCUUACAAGACAGAUGGAAAAAGAUGAGACAGUUGGAGAGUCUUCACCCCACAUUGCCAACAUUGGCCGCCUUGUCGAAGAUAUGGAGAACAAGAUUCGCUCCACACUGAAUGAAAUCUACUUUGGGAAGACCAAGGACAUCGUCAACGGACUAAGGAGUGUUCAGACUUUGGCUGACAAGUCAAAGCAGGAGGCUCUGAAGGUCGACCUGAUGGAGGCGCUCAAACGCAAACACCAAAGCUAGAGAUGCUACUGUGGUUUUUCUUCCGUCUGUUUCUCUCUCUCACUUUCUCUCUUUCUUUCUCUCUCUCCGCCUCAUCUCUGCCAUCUUUUCUCUGUUUCUCUACGUCUCUCCCUCCAUGCCUCUUCAGUGCUGCACUCUUGUUUAUUUGUGGAAAAAACAUAAAAGGAGAAAAUGCUUAGCUUUUUAUUUGUUUUUUUUUUUCUUCUGUCAGGUUUUUUGUUUUCAUGCAUCUCAUAUGCCAUGAAGCCAUUGACUCACACUCUCUCUCUCUGUCCCUCUUCACCCCUCUCUUCUCCUCCACGUUAUGAAUAUAAUGAUAGUAUUACGACGGUUAAUGAUAAUCUUACAGUGUGUGAGGGUCAUUGUAGUAAUAAUCCCUGAUGUUCUCACAGCUGAUGUGUCCUCUUGUCAGUUUGAAACGAGCGAUUUCUAGCCCUGCUCUUCCUCUGUGAUGAGGAGACAGACACAGACUGCGCUGUAGGUGGUGUAGACUCGGCGGGGCUGUCAUAAUUCUGUACAUCAAAAAAAUUUUCUUGCAUCUAUUUUUGUCAACAGCCCUACCCUCCCCCUCCCUUCCUUCCUCCCCCAAGAUAUAUUUGUAAAAAAAAUUAUAACUGUCAGUGUAACUCAUUCUUUUGGGCAAUGUAACGGUGCGAACACGAGGGUGGCCUUCGGAAAGUUUUUACUCUUCAUUCCACGCUGUCCUCAUGCAUGUGAGCCUGUGUGGGAGCAUGGGGCUGCAGCCAGCGGAAACGUUGACUUAUCAAACACGGGGAUGGACUCUUAUAUUCACUGAGAACACCCAUGUCAUCAACCCAACCCCCCCAACCCCCCUCUACACUGUGUAUAACAUGACAGUUUGCCUCCCCCUCUGUUUAGCUUCUUCAACUCUUCUCUCUCCUCACCUUAUAUGUCUUUGUUGGGGGUCACAGUUUGUCUUUGUGUUUCAGUGGAAACCUUUGAACGUUUCCAUUUUGGAGGGGAAUCUUUUGUUGUAUUUUGUUUUUGGUUUUUAUUUUGUAAAGCUUAUGAUUCAUAUUGUAUUAGAGCCUCCAGCAACAAUAAAAACAGUAAAAAGCUA